AUGUCGAAGAAGGAUCCUAAUGUGAGUGUGCAUGAGCUUCAGCCAGGAGUCGGCCCUUCGGGCGCCAGAACUACCUCGGUCUCACUCGAAGCUGGUCAUACAAUGGAUAUGCAUAAGCGUGGGAGUGUGGUCAAAGAUCAGGUUCAUAUGGCCGAUGUUCAAACUUCGGAGAACUAUGGUGUCGAUAUCUCAAAGGGUAAUUUAAAGCGAAACUUGAAGGGAAGACACAUGCAAAUGAUAGCUAUUGGUGGUGCUAUCGGAGCAGGUCUUUUCGUUGGUUCAGGUGGUGCUCUACGAUCAGGUGGUCCUGCCUCACUGGUCAUCUGUUUCAUCAUUAUCGGAAUCAUGAUGAUGAUGAUGAUGCAAGCACUCUGCGAACUUGCUGUAAUGUAUCCAGUUAAUGGUGCAUUCUAUGGCUACAUUGUACGGUUCAUGGACCCCUCUUGGGGUUUCGCUAUCGGCUGGGACUAUGCCAUUCAAUGGCUCACGAUCUUGCCUUUCGAGCUCACUGCAGCUAGUCUCACAAUCAGGUUCUGGAAUGACACCAUAAACCUCGGUGUCUGGGUUGCUGUCUUCCUGGUUGCACUUACAGCAAUUCAAUUCUUCGGAGUUCGAGGAUAUGGCGAGGUUGAGUUCGUGCUCAGUAUGGUCAAAGUUCUUGCUUGUAUCGGGUUUAUCAUCCUCGGCAUUAUCAUCAAUACUGGAGGUGUGCCAACAGACGAUCGUGGUUAUAUCGGAUUCAGAUACUGGGGCAACCCAGGAGCCUUUCGCAACGGCUUCAAAGGGUUUUGUUCAGUUUUCGUGACGGCUUCCUUCGCUUUCGGUGGUACAGAACUUACUGGUCUCGCGGCGGCCGAAGCCAACGACCCGAGAAAGCAAAUACCGAAGGCGACGAGACAAGUAUUCUGGCGUAUCUCAUUAUUCUACGUUCUUAACCUAUUCAUCCUAGGUCUGGUCGUACCAAGUAACAGUGAGGUUCUAUUGGGCUCAAGUGGCGCAAACACGAAGGCUUCUCCUUUCGUCCUUGCUAUGCAGAUGGCGGGUAUCAAGGCUUUACCCUCAGUCUUCAACGCAGUGAUUACCAUUGCAGUCCUCUCAGUUGCAAAUUCUGCAACAUACGCCUCAACACGAACGCUCCAAGCCAUGGCACUUGAAAAGAUGGCACCGAAAGUUCUUGGUCUUGUUGACAAAAAGGGUCGACCUAUUCCUACGAUCAUUUUGCAGCUCGGUUUUGGACUUCUAGCUUUCGUUAACGAGAACAAAAAGGCUGGUGGUCAACUAUUCACCUGGCUGUUGGCUCUUUCAGGUCUAGCUAAUUUCUUCGUCUAUGGCAGUAUUUGUGUCUCACACAUUCGCUUCAGACAAGCCUGGGCACACAACGGUCAUUCGGUCGACGAGCUACCUUAUAAGGCAGCUUUUGGCGUCUACGGCAGCUAUCUUGGUGUACUGCUAAAUGUCAUGUGCUUGAUGGCAUCCUUCUAUGCUGCUCUAUUCCCUAUUGGUGGGGUACCGGACGCAGAGUCAUUUUUCGAGUCAUACCUUGCUGCACCUAUGAUUAUCGGGUUGUACCUCAUCUGGAAGGCAUAUUCAUGGUUCAAAUACCCGACACACCGAGCACUAUAUGUUCCUAUCAACAAGAUCGACAUUUAUACUGGUAUGCGUGAGGGUCAGUUCGAGGUCAGUGGCAAGGACGUUCCAGCAGAUCAGAGAAGAGCCAGUAUUCAACUACGCAAUCAACAGACUGCGGAGGAGAGGGAACAGAAGCCAUUGUGGAAGAGGAUCUUGCAGGCUGUAUUCUAG